AUGCAUCUAUCCCUUGGCCUCACGGCAUUGCUCGCCUUUGGCGUUCAAGCCCUUCCAUCUGAAAUUCGUGCGAGAGAAUAUGGCGGAUGUACGCAUUCUCCUACAUCCAGACAUUGUUGGGAUUCUACCACCGACAUCCAUACGGACUAUUCCACUACCUGGCCCAAUACCGGAGUCACUCGUGAGUACUGGUUGAUUCUUCAGAAUGUAACCUUGGCGCCCGACGGCUUUGCUCGAACCAUGUUGACUUUCAACGGGACCUAUCCGGGACCUCCGAUCACCGCAGACUGGGGCGAUAUGGUCAAGAUCCACGUUACCAAUGGUUUGGCCCACAACGGAACGUCUAUUCACUGGCACGGAGUCAGGCAGUUGAAUACCUUCCAAAAUGAUGGUGUGAACGGAGUCACUCAAUGCCCCCUUGCUCCGGGAGAAACUCAGACCUACACCUGGCGUGCAACUCAAUACGGAACAUCAUGGUAUCACUCCCAUUAUGCUGUCCAAUACGCCGAGGGCCUUCUAGGCCCGAUAAUCAUCAAUGGGCCAGCCAGCGCAAACUAUGAUGUAGAUUUGGGCGCCGUAAUGGUCAACGAUUGGUAUCAUAAUACCGCGUUCUCCACCUGGCAUUAUGCCGAAACGGUGGGACUCCCGCAGGCGCAGAAUGGGUUGAUUCACGGCCAGAACGUUUUCGGAUCCGGUGGAUCCCGUUGGACCACCACCUUCAUCCCCGGGAAGAAGUACCGCUUGAGGUUCAUUAACACCGGCGUUGAAGCCGCAUUCCGUAUAUCAAUCGACGAUCAUAAGCUCAAGGUUAUUGCCGCCGACUUCGUCCCCAUCACCCCUUAUACCACUGAUUCCAUCCUGAUCGGCGACGGGGAGCGAUACGAUGUCAUCGUUGAGGCAAACUUCUGGCUCCGCGCAACCGUGCAGACGGCCUGCAGCACAGGCGUCGACAACCCCCUCAACAUCAAGGGCAUAAUCCGGUAUGCGGGGGGUGCGACCAGCGGCGACCCAACAACUACUGGCGUGACGAUCCCGCAGAACUGCGCCGACGAGCCCAUCUCCAGCCUCGUGCCCGUUGUGCCCAAGGCGGUUCCUCAAGUCGACCUCUCGGGAGCGCAGAACCUCUUCUGGGGCCUCCAACGUACCCCCGUCAUCAGGUGGACAUUGGGCGGCGUGUCGACCCGCGUCGACUGGAACCAUCCCACCCUUCAGCUCCUUCAGUCCACCGGAACCUACCCGCGCGAGUACAACAUUGUCGAGUUACCCGAGGAAAAAUGGUACUACUUUGUCAUCGAGGAGACGGGUGUUCGCUUCGCGCAUCCUCUCCAUCUUCACGGUCACGAUUUCCACAUCUUGUACCAGGGUAAUGGCACCUUCAAUGCUACUGAAGCCUCCCUCGGUGCGCGAUGGUCCAAUCCCCCACGCCGUGAUGUUGCGAUGUUGCCCGGUCAGGGUUAUAUGGUUAUCGCUUUCGAGGCUGAUAAUCCGGGUAUCUGGGUUCUCCAUUGCCACAUUGCAUGGCACGUAAGCGCAGGCUUCGCGCUCCAAUUCCUCGAGCGCCAAGACGAUAUCGCCGGCGUGGACAAUUCGACCCUGAACGACAUUUGCUAUGACUGGAGCACGUACCAGUCUUCGGCGACUCAUUACCAGGAGGAUUCUGGGCUCAAGAAGAGGGAGUUUGAUUCGAUUAUGUGA